AUGGCCGAUGCUAAAUAACUGUGUCCACCGGUUUGCUUGCAGCGCAUCAGAAGCCCCGAUCUCCAUCUACAUAAAAGCAUUCAGUAUUUUUCUCCAAACGCUGCGUUUCGAUCGAUGUCCGAGUUCAAGCAGUGUAUAGAGAUGGUAAAGGACUCUAAGGAAAAUCAGGUUAUACCAGUAGAAGAUGUUGUAAGGAAGGAUUCAGUGGAAUACCAGGCUUUAUCAUCAAAUGGUUCUUUGCCAUGUGAUGCUUCAGCUCAUGAUGGGUCUUCAGAUGAUGAUUGGGAAACCAUUGCAGAUCGUGCACCAAAUGAAUUGCUCUCUCCACCAUCGCUUCCAGAUGUAUCAACACUUUCAAUGGAAGAUAAUAAAGCUCAAAUCACUAAGCGGCGAGGAAGGGGAACAUUCUCAUACCAGAAAGAGGAAUUGUAUAGUGAUAGGCAGUCUGAGGGAUCCACCCUUGAUGAUACAAGGGAUGAAGCUGUAUGCCAUGAUUCAGAAGAAAAAACAGAAAUAAGACAUUCAAGAUAUGGUACACAGCAUGUUCUUGUGUUGGCUGACUUUCCACCAAGUAUGAGGACAACAGAUCUGGAGAAGCUCUUUGAGAACUUCAGAGAUCGUGAAGUUGUUAUUCGCUGGGUCAAUGAUACGAUGGCACUUGCUGUAUUUCGAACAGCAACAAUUGCAAUUGAGGCCUGUAACUUUGUCCGUUGCCCGUUUACAGUCCGUGUACUAGAUGAGACUGAUAUCCUUCUGAACUCAAUUCAAACAAGAGAUCUGGAGCCGCCUCGGCAAAGGCCAGAGACAUCAGCAAGAACUGCUGGGAGGCUGAUCGCUCAGGCAAUGGGAAUGAAGCUACCUUCCACAUCAUUUGGGUCAAGGGAAUUGAAGAAACAGGAGGAGGCCAGAAAGCAGCGCAUCGUUGCAAGGAAAAAUUUGAAGGAUGAUGCUUGGGGCUCUGAUGAUGGUGUGAACUGAGAUUCAUUGCUCCCCGAGGGUGCAAACCAUGAUGCCUGAAUUCUCUUGUAGUUUUUUCCAGAGCAUGUUAAAAUGUUGAAGAUGGCGGUACAUGAGUUACAAGUAUAGCAAAUUAAAAAAUAAACAGAACAAUGGGGACCCCACCCAUAGCACUGGCAUGAAGUAGAAAUAGGAGCAGGUUGGCGUUUAGAAUAUGAUCGGUUCCUAGUUUUUGGUAAAUGUUUGCGCAUGAGCACCAUUGCAUUGCCCAAAUAUUUGUUUGUUUCAAUAAAAUUACAAAAGGGAUAAAUUUCUAACA